ACACAUUUAAGUUUGAACAAAAACCUCAAUUAUACAUAACCUCAUUAACAGGCAAUUUCUUGCUUGUAACAUGAGAACUCCACCUUAACUCUCUUUCCCUUAUUCUGCACUCAAAGAAUUGCACACUGCUCUACUAAAUUCAAACUCCGGAUCACAUUCUCAACCACUUCUUUCUUUCUUAAACCUAGCAAGAAAAAAGAAAGAAAGAAAGCAAUUAAGAAUGUCUAUACAACCCCAACAAGUACAACCACAACCGCAAGAACAACAGCCUGUUGAUGUUUAUCCAAACACCGUUAUGGGGCAGCCGCCACCGGCAGCUUUUCAUCACUCUCACUCAAACGGAUCAUUUGGUACUGUAUUUAUAGUUCUUGCUGUGAUUAUUGUAAUAUCAGCUAUUGCUUGCUGCCUUGGCAGGUUUUGCAAUAAGCGCAAAGGUCAGGCUCAAGGUCAAGGCCAUGGUCAAGGUCAAGGUCAAGGCAAGAAACAAAACAAGAAGCAAACCAAUAAGCACAGCCAACCAAACCCUAAUUUCAGACCCAAAGAAAGGGGUGAGAAAGGUAGAGAAAGAGAAGGGGAUCUUGAAUUUGGGUUUGAGAAAGGAUUUCCAAUAGGCAAGCCUGCAGGUGGAAAUGGAGAUGGUAGAGGACAGAAGCCCUCUGAUCAAAAUGGUCAUCAUAUGAAUGGGAUCAAUGGUCACAUGAAAGGUGAAAGCUAUAGUGUUGAUCAUGAUGGGCAGCUAAAGCAUGGUCCAUAAGAUCAUGAGAGGGUCUGGCUUAUGUAAUUUAGUUCAUGCAUGUUACUUUUCUGUUGGUUGGGGCUUCUAUCAGAUUAAGUCUUUUUAUUACCUUGUUUUUUUUUUUCUUUUCUUUUUUGGUUCUUGCUUUUCAAGAUUUCUAUCUCUACAUGCAGCUUGAAAGAUGUAAUUAAACUAGGAGUUGAUCAUCACUUGUUCUCUCUGUAUGAGAAUUGAAUUACUAUGAACAUCAAAUCAUUACCAGAUC